CUCCCACCCCGCUCCGUGGGAUUAAUCUAUCCUUUUGGAGAUUAUUUUCGGCAAGCAGCCUCGCAGGCGGGCAGAGCGGCCGGAGGAAGAGCCCGCGGCAGGGGAGGGAUGCGGGAGCAGGGCAGCGGAGCCGGGCGGGACUGAGCCACCCGCAGAGGAGAGGAGGAGAGGGAAGGAGAAGAGAGGAGAGCAGAGGAGAGCUGCCCUGCUCCCUGCUCCCGUGCCGGGCUGCCUGCAUGGCUCCCGGGCAUUGUGGAGAUUGUGGGGGCUGCUGCUGCUGAGCAACCAUCCAUCGCUUUAAACUCAGCCUCAACUUAGCGCAGCAGGCAAGAAUGGCAAAGCCACUGGAGCUUUGGAGCUGCCAGGAGAGCCAGGGAACCUGGGUUUUGGUCGCUGCUGUCUAAUAAAUGGGAGUAAAAUGGAAUUUCUUACCUGGGUUUUUCCUGCCUUGAUUCUACUGUGCACCCAACAGCACAGGUGUAUCAGAGCUAUGAGUGACAUCGGAGAUUACAUAGGUUCCAACAUUGAAAUCUCCUGGUUGCCCAACCUGGAUGAUUUGAUGAAAGGGUACGCACGAAAUUUCAGGCCUGGAAUUGGAGGUCCUCCUGUUAAUGUUGCUCUGGCAAUUGAAGUAGCCAGCAUUGAUCACAUCUCAGAAGUGAACAUGGAAUACACCAUGACAGUGUUUUUGCACCAGAGCUGGCGAGACGAUCGUCUGUCUUACAACCACACCAAUGAAACUCUGGGCUUGGACAGCAGGUUUGUGGACAAACUCUGGUUGCCAGACACUUUCAUAGUCAAUGCCAAGUCUGCCUGGUUCCAUGAUGUGACUGUGGAAAACAAACUCAUCAGGCUCCAGCCAGAUGGAGUAAUUUUAUACAGCAUCAGGAUUACCUCAACAGUGGCCUGUGACAUGGACCUUUCCAAGUACCCGAUGGAUGAGCAGGAAUGCAUGCUGGAUUUGGAGAGCUAUGGCUACUCUUCAGAAGACAUUGUCUACCACUGGUCAGAAAACCAGGAGGAGAUCCAUGGGCUGGAUAAGCUGCAGCUUGCUCAAUUCACAAUUACCAAUUACCAGUUCACAACAGAAAUUAUGAACUUCAAAUCUGCAGGUCAGUUUCCCAGGCUCAGUCUCCACUUUCACCUUCGGCGAAAUCGAGGCGUUUACAUCAUCCAGUCUUAUGUCCCUUCCAUCCUCCUGGUGGCCAUGUCGUGGGUGUCCUUCUGGAUCAGCCAGUCAGCUGUGCCUGCCAGGGUGUCACUAGGUAUUACCACUGUUCUUACAAUGACCACACUGAUGGUCAGUGCCCGAUCCUCCCUCCCACGAGCCUCUGCCAUCAAGGCCCUGGACGUUUACUUCUGGAUCUGCUAUGUGUUUGUCUUUGCUGCACUGGUGGAAUACGCCUUUGCACAUUUCAAUGCUGACUACAUGAAAAAGCAGAAGAACAAGAUAAAGGCGAGAAGGCAGAGUGCAGAGAUCAACGUGAAGAAUGCCAUUGUUCUGUUUUCCCUCUCCAUAGCUGGUGUGAACCAGGAACUGGCCAUUUCCAACAGGCACCGGAUUCCCAGAAGCCUACCUGGAUCAUAUGGCACAAUAGAAAUAGAAACUGGAGAGACAAAACAGCGGCAGGGAAUAAAACUGGACAAAAAGACUGGCCUGAAGUCCCUCUUUAAGCCCAUUGAUGCUGACACCAUUGACAUUUACGCCAGAGCUGUGUUCCCAGCAGCCUUUGCAGCAGUCAAUGUGAUAUAUUGGGUUGCAUACACAAUGUAAAGACAAUAAAAAAAAGGAAAAUUCUUCCCAAGACCUACAAGCUGAACAAUACCCACAGGCUAAAAAUCCCUCACUGAAACUGAAUUGAGGCACAUCUUCUCAAAAUAUUUUCCAACGAGCUCAAGAUGCUUCCAAAGUCAAGAAGGUUCUGCUAUGAAUUCCUACUUAAAGCAGCAAUUUAUUGCUGGCCUGAUUUGAUACAGUAAGACUGCCCUCUGCCAAACAACUCCAGCUCUUUCUUUCCUGUAAUACCAUGAGACAACUUUUCAUAUGUACAUAUUUGUAGCAAAAGUUUAAAUCUUAAAUGACCAUGGUUUUCCUCUACUUCAAGGGUUGAUCAGUAAUGAAGAUUUGGCUUUUCACACUCAGAUAAUUUCCUUUUUAUUUGUAAUGAAAGAGCUCAUUCCUCACUUCUGCACGAGUGGUUUUCUGCAUCUGUAGGCUGGUCUAGGUUUAACAGUAGUGCUCAAGUUGGAGUUUUGAAUCAGAAAAAUCUAAUGAAAAAAAGUAAAAGGGAAUAGAGGGGAGUGGAGGUUUUUUCUUAAAACAUUAUUUGUCUUGGAUAAAGUAUUGAAA